GUACAUUUAAAAAAUAAUAAAUUAUGUAUAUAAAGAAAAAUGCAUUUGCAAGGAUUUAUUCCAUAAGUUUUUCAACAAUUAUACCUACACAAGCGUAAAUACCAAACGAUAAAUUGAGAAAAGGGAUUCCCGUAAUACAUUUUUACUUUAUUUUUUGUCCGCAUCCCUGAGCUGAAAUCGCCCAUGACUGUAACAAGUAACGUUGAAUGACAGCUUUUAUUGACUUAUUUAUAUUAAUUAAUUUCACUUAUUGUUUUAUUACACAAGUUAACAAUUGUAUGAUAAUGGAAGAAUGGAUAUACGAAAGUUUAUCUGGUUUGCUGGAUUUCCCAGUACCAGAAGAAUUAAUACAAUUUAUUAUAAAAAUACGAAAUGAAAGAGAUUUGGAUGAAUAUCUUACAACUCUGUUGGAUUUGAAAAAUCCUAAACAUAAACAAUUUAUAGCUGAAUUGAAAAGAAGACAAGCUUCAUGCAAUGAUCCAGCUGGAUAUAAAAAAACGAAUGACAAUAACGAUGAUUGUAAGAAAAAGCAAAAUGAAAAGAAAAAAAAUAAAACAAAAGCCAAAGAAAAUAUACAGGUUCAAGAAAUGAAAAUCGAUAAAACAGAUAAAAUGGAAAAAAAGAAGCCAAAAUUUGUGAAUUUGUAUUCGCAGGAAGGACGCGAUAGAGAAACUGUUUUAUUAAAAGGUAGACACAAAUGUGACUGUGAAGCAAAAAAGCAUUCUCUGAUAAAUAAUUGCAAUAAUUGUGGUAGAAUAGUUUGUUAUCAAGAAGGAUCUGGUCCAUGUUUUUUUUGUGAAACAUUGGUAUGUUCUCGUGAACAACAAGCUAUACUUUCUAGUAAUACCAAGCAAGCUGAUGAUCUAUAUAAUAAAUUAAUGGAUCGGAAACCCAAUAAAGGCUUGGAAGAAUCUAUCAAACAACGCGAUAAACUAUUGGAAUAUGAUCGCAACAGCGCACGACGUACAAAAGUAAUAGACGAUGAAUCGGAUUACUUUCAAACAAAUAGUACAUGGCUUACAUCCGCAGAACGAGAAAGAUUUCGAAAACGCGAAGAAGAAAUAAGUGCUCAAAAACAUGCAUCUCGUUUGAGUAGAAAAGUUACUUUAGAUUUUGUUGGUAGAGAAGUAUUCGUAGGUCAAGAGGAGAAUAAUGAAUUAGACGAUCUAUAUGAAAUGAUGUUAAAUACUGAGCCAAUAAAUAGCAAUAUUUCUCCAAAUAUAGAUUUCGACAGCCCAAUGUAUAUUAAACAAGAAACGAAGCGAUCUGUUAAUAAACAAACAUCAAACAUUAUUGCAAAAAGUAAAAUUCAAGACAAAGAAUAUUUAGAACUAACGGAUCAAGGUUUAUGUUUAAGUAUGCAUCAGCCGUAUGCUUCGCUAUUGGUUGCAGGAAUAAAACUUCACGAAGGUCGAACUUGGUAUUCUUCUCAUAGAGGAAGAUUAUGGAUAGCGUCGACAGCUAAGACACCUACUGCAGGAGAUAUUUCAGAAAUAGAACAUUUCUAUCGUGUAUUAAAAAGCGAGAAAAUUAAAUUUCCGGAAAGCUAUCCUACUAGUUCUUUGUUAGGCUGUGUAACAGUUGUUGAUGUUUUGUCUCAAGAACAGUACAGAGAAAUGUAUCCCGAAGGAGAAAGUGAAAGCCCUUAUGUUUUUAUAUGCGAAAAUUCAUAUACUCUUCCUAUUAAAUUUCCUAUACAAGGAAAACAUAAAAUUUAUAAAUUAGAUAACAAAAUUCAUCAAGCUGCUAUGAAAUCUUUAGACAAAGUUAUUAAGGAGAAAAAAGAAUAAUUAAUUAAAUUGUCUAAUUAAAAAGUGCUUGUACAUUUGAAUAUUUACAAAUAUAAUUUAACGCAGAUAUAAUAAUCUUACAUAGUACGUAAUCUCAUUUUGUAAAAGUGUCAGAGAAUUCUAUUAAAUAAAUUCAUUUUCACAAUCUCUCUCAAGUAACAUUUU